AUCGGGUCUUGGAAGUCUGAUCUAAAGGAGGGUACUUCUGUAACUUCGACGAUUGAAGAAAUACCAGUGCGCGAAAGCGAGGGGCAGCUGAGGGAGAAGAAACAGUUCCGGCUUCAUUGGCGGUCUCAAAGCAAAGGAAGGACUUGUACCGAGUUUUACAUACGGAAACCAAUCCUCCAACGCCAUUGCUUAGAAGCUCAGGAGACUCAAUAAAUCUCAAGAAUCGUGUUGUUGAACUCUAAGGUCUCUUCUUGUAGAGGAAGCAAUAGAGAUGCAGAAAUUGGGUGAUUUCAAGCUUCCUCACUUCUUCAAUUAUCCACCAUAUUUCACUUUGCAGCCAGUAAGGGACACCCGUGAUAAGCAGGUACAACUUUGGAAGGAACUCAUCCUCGAUUACUGUAGAACACAAAAGAUAUUUGUGGUUAGACUGGAAGAAGAUUUUCCGCUAUUUUCAAAUCCUGUGGUUGAAAGAUCUCUUAGUCAUGAAGCCAGGGAAGCAUUUCUCUCAGCAUUAGUAUCAGAAGGACGAGCAGAAUGGUUGGAUAAAGGACAUAGGAAAUGUCUAAUUCUCUGGCACCGCAUUCAAGAGUGGGCUGACAUUAUUUUAUCCUUUGUAAAAGAUAAUGGGCUAGAGGACAGUGUUAUGACAGUCGAGGAAAUACGUUCAGGGACUGAGUCUCGAGGAACAGAGCUUCAUGGGAUUGACCGUACAAUACUAAUGCGAGCUCUGAGACUACUAGAGCAAAAGGGGAAGCUUGCUAUAUUCAAGGGAACUUCAACUGACGAUGAAGGCGUGAAAUUCUCCUUGUAAACCUUUUACUCGGUUCCUUUCAACAGGAUCAUAUGCCAUGGAGGCAAUGCUGCCUGUUACUGCUGGUCUGGUAGAGUUUAGGAAUGUGACCGACUGUUGGCCAGUUGAGUUUUUUAGUUCAUGUUUUGGGUCUUUUUUAAGCGGUAGCUCAUGACACGUUUGUUGUAUUGAAUUCAAGCUUGAAAAGAAUAAAGGACUGAAAUAUUUCUUU